ACUACACUCCCCACAACCCUCUGCGCCUCCGGCUCGCUGCGGUUGCCUGUGGCCAAUCGGGAGAGGCCGCCGUGGCGGGGGCCGAAGAGGGACAUUUUAAAAGGGCCGGGGAUUGCGGGUGUCAGUGGCCAUGGCGGAUACAGCGACUACAGCAUCGGCGGCGGCGGCCAGUGCCGCUAACACCUCGACCGAUGCGCCUCCCUUCCAGCUGGGCAAACCCCGCUUCCAGCAGACAUCCUUCUACGGCCGCUUCAGGCACUUCCUGGAUAUCAUUGACCCGCGCACACUCUUUGUCACCGAGAGGCGUCUCAGGGAGGCCGUGCAGCUGCUGGAGGACUACAAGCACGGGACCCUGCGCCCGGGGGUCACCAAUGAGCAGCUCUGGAGUGCACAGAAAAUCAAGCAGGCUAUUCUGCACCCGGACACCAAUGAGAAGAUCUUCAUGCCCUUUAGAAUGUCAGGUUACAUUCCUUUUGGGACACCAAUUGUGGUCGGUCUUCUCCUGCCCAACCAGACGCUGGCAUCCACGGUCUUCUGGCAGUGGCUAAACCAGAGCCAUAACGCCUGUGUCAACUACGCCAACCGCAAUGCUACCAAGCCUUCUCCUGCCUCCAAGUUCAUCCAGGGCUACCUGGGAGCUGUCAUCAGUGCCGUCUCCAUUGCUGUGGGCCUUAAUGUCCUGGUUCAGAAAGCCAACAAGUUCACCCCAGCUACCCGCCUUCUGGUCCAGAGAUUCGUGCCAUUCCCUGCUGUAGCCAGUGCCAACAUCUGCAACGUGGUCCUGAUGCGCUAUGGCGAGCUGGAGGAAGGCAUUGAUGUCCUGGAUGCUGACGGCAACCUCGUGGGCUCCUCCAAGAUCGCAGCCAGACAUGCCCUGCUAGAGACGGCGCUGACACGGGUGGUCCUGCCCAUGCCCAUCCUGGUGCUCCCCCCAAUCGUCAUGUCCAUGCUGGAGAAGACAGCUCUCCUGCAGGCGCGCCCCCGGCUGCUCCUCCCAGUGCAAAGCCUCGUGUGCCUGGCAGCCUUCGGCCUGGCCCUGCCACUGGCCAUCAGCCUCUUCCCACAGAUGUCAGAGAUUGAGACAUCCCAACUAGAGCCCGAGAUUGCCCGUGCCACGAGCAGCCAGACGGUGGUGUACAACAAGGGGCUGUGAGGGCUGCCUGCUGGCCUGGGAACCCAGUGCUGUCUAGGCUGGGGAGGUGGGCACCACAACUACAGGGAGGGCCCUGGGCUCCUGGGGGUGCAACCCAUGUGCAGCGGUAAGAAGACUAAUCCAUUCACAUACUAACUUAGGGGAAGGGAAUUCUGUAUAGAGAAUCAAGCGCAUUUCUGGGCCUUAUGUGGGGUUGUGAAAACUCCACUCAACACAAUUAUCUGUGAAGUUGAGAAAUGAUUGUAUGCCAUAGGGUAGGAUUAGGAUCCUUUUACACCUUGGUUUCUCUUUUUAUUUUUCUUUUGUAUCAGACUCAAGUCUGAGCCUCAGUUGCAGCUGACCGGAAGUGGCAGGUGGUGGGACCUAGUAGCUGGAUUGGUCUGCUGGAGUGGUCUGGUGGAUGAGGAUAUGACAAUGACUGGGCCAGGUAGCUCUCUGUGGGGGAGCGGGCAGAGAAAUGAGGUGGUCUGCACCCCACACAGGAGGGACUAACCAUAGCUAAGGUCCUCAGGAAGUGUUCCAGGGAACCAAGGAGCAUUGGAGGCUUCUGGAAGAUUCCAUGGGCAGUUGACACUGCACAUGGCCAGCCCCCACACCUGCCACUACUGCACAACAAGUUCCUUUGGGUGAAGUCUGAUGACAGUGGGACUGGCUGGGUUCACCCUCCUUAGAGAGCUCUGAAAUACCCCUGAGAGGGCCCCAGCUCUGGGCAGGGUGCUCCCAGGAAGGAAUGGUGUUUGGGAUGACCUGAGGACCUGCACUAGCUUCUGUAGGAAAAUCCUUCUAGGCACCUGGCUGAUGGAGUCUGGGCCUUGGGGCUGAGACUACCUGCCACAUUCCACCCCUGCCUGAGAAAGAGGGUCUCAGGCUAGACAGUGCAAAGCUGGACCCCUGGGAACCCAAGAGACAUCACCCACCCCAUCUAGCAGACUGUAUGGCCUCGGACGAGUCUGCUCCUCCUUGGAUCUUCCACCCUGUCUGGAACCAGUGACCUGGAUCAGGGGGUUCCUUACAGCUCCUGCAGCUGGACCUCGCCUUGCCCUGUCCCGCCCGAAUGCUAGCCAUCCCAGCAUGCCUUCAGGAUGGACAUUGGACUGGGAAAAGGAAAGGCCCCUAAACCUUGUAUGACCCCCACAUCCCAUGAGAACUUGACUUUCACUAAACACUAUCGUCUGGAAGCAAAGGUGGCUGGGCCACACCUGCAUGCUGCCUGUGACCCCUGCAGGUCCGGAGGCCUCUGCUACAGGCCAGGAAGGAGGGAAGCAGGGGCCGCAGGGUUAGGGUGGGGGGUGGUAAGCAGGGCGAGCCUCAUCUAAAAGGCACAAUGAAGGGGAGGCAUCGGCUUCAGUGUACUCCCUGCCUGACUUCAGCUGGAUCAUGUAGCCUUCGGAGUACAGGCCCUGGGCCUCUCCACCCUAUGAUUUCUCUGUGAGGAGGACAUGAGCUGGAGGUGAGCCUGUGCUGGGUGGGAGGGCAUGGCCAUGGCACCUGUCAGCACCUCAAGGCCGGAGGGAGUUGUAAAAUGGGUUGGCGGUGGUAUUGGCUUUGUGUACCUGCUGGAGCCCUGGAACCUUUGUCUCUCAGCCAGCCCCUGUGCCCGCUAGUGGGCCCUGCAGUGUGUUAGCGUACAAGGCCCCUUCUCAGUGAAAAGGGGAGAGAGCAUUGACUGGCAUGGAGGACAAAGCAGCAGGGUUGGGGGCUAUAGCAUAGGUGGGCCAGCUCAUUUUGAGCCAGUCUUGCCGUACCAUGGUGUGCCCAUGACUGCAGGACUAUGUAGCCCUCCAGAUGGGUCUGAGUCCCCCAUGGCAAAGCUUGCUUCAGGCUCACCCUGCCCUCACCUGUCAUAGGAUCUUGUUCUUGUGCACUUUAUCUUGGGACCAAAACUUUCCACCCUAUACUACCCUGCCUCACCGAGAGGCCUGGCAGAGAUGGGGCCUGUCUAGCUCUCCUUCUUUGCUGGCUGCUCCGGCCCCAGGCCCACCCCUGCCUCGCCCAUGUGGUCACAGCAUCUCAUAAUCCAUUUGCUUUGGUUCUAGUCACUUUUCCUCAGGUUCCCAAAUGCAAUUCCAGUUGAGCUAAGGGGGCAGCUCUAUGGGACAGUCAGGGGAUGCAAUGGCAAGCAGUCAUGAUAGCUCUGAGGUGGUGGUGACACAGGGACUGUUGGCUUUGGAAGAUCUCAUGAAGGGGAAUUUUUUGCCAACCUCCAUGCCAGCUCUUUGCAGGCUAGAGGAGAGAGGUCUAGGGGCAGGUUGGCUCAUGGGAAGAGAGCAGGGCCUGGACCCACAAUCUGGGGAUACUGGUCUGGCUGGGCCGGAGUCCAGCACAUUCCUACAGCUUGUUCUCCCUCCAGCUUUGGAGUCCCUGCCUGAGCAUCCUCUGGGACACUGGAAACAUUCCCUUAGCCUCCAGAUGCCUUUCCCCAACUCCUAUAAGGCCAUCAGAGGUGCAGGACCAGAAAACCAUGGUGUCCAGGUGGUCACCAGCCUCUUUCCACUUCCCGAGUUGCUGAUUGGGAGACAGCUUCCUGAGCUCUUCUGGCCUGGGAGCAGGGAGAGGACCCGGAGAAGGGCCAAUGGACAGAGCCACAGUGGUCCUGCAACCUGGAUCUGAUGGGUAGAAGUGAGGCCCCAGUGCACAGGCCUCAGCCACAGACGGGGACUUGCGACUUUUUAACCUUCUCAGAAAAUCUCUCCAUCAAUGUGAUCUAUGUACUACUAAUGAACUGUGGACAAUAAAUGAUGGAUUGAAAG